UGUAUUUUACUUGAUAGCCGAAACCGGGUAAAUAUAAGCUGCUGUCAAAUUUUGAUUUUGGCGAUUUUUUGUGUUUAGCUAAAAAGUGUGUGUGCAGGUUUUGUGGAUUCAAAACAUUGCUAGCGUUUUGUGGUUCAAUUUGCAAGUGAUUUUAGUUUAGAAACUAUGUCCGGCCAGUUCCCAAGUGGGUAUCAGAGUCCCAGUGGACAACGUGGUAGUUUCAACAGUCCUAUGAUGCAGCAGCAGCUUGGCCAAAUGGGAGUUUCUAAUCCGAUGGGAAUGAUGGGCUUCAACCAGAAUAACGUAAUGUCAAACCAGCAACAGUUGCAAGCAUCUGGUGGUCAAGGUAGCCAGGAGAUGGGUAUGAAUCAAACCCUACAACAACAGCAACAGCAGUUAGCCAACCAACAGCAAACGAAUCCGGGUCAACAAACCGGUCAGGGAUCACAGCAAGUGCAAAAUCAAGCGCAGAAUCAAUCUCAAGCCGCUCAGCAAUCGCCUCAGCUAGGGAUGACGACAAACGCACAGAAUGCUCCCGCUCCUGGUGGUGUAACGGGCAACCUAAUAGCAAAUGCGCCAACGAGUGGGCAACCUGGACCGGGACCAGUUUCUAAUCCCCAAGCACCGUCAAACAUGCCACAGAAGGAAUUAAACCUUCUGACGCUUUGUCGCAUCGGCCAGGAGACUGUUCAAGAUAUUGUCAGCCGGUUUCAGGAAGUAUUUGGUAUUCUUCGCGUGAUUCAACCCCCUAACGGAACGAAUCAGGGUUUGAGUACAAGUAACGACAAAAAGGCAAAGGUUCAGGAACAAUUCCGUACCAUUAGACUAUUGUUCAAAAGGUUGAGGUUGUUAUACGAUAAAUGUAACGAUAAUUGCCAACAGGGUAUGGAGUUUACCCACGUAGAAAGCUUAAUUCCAUUGAAGGGCGAACCGGAGCGUGCUGAGCCGGUACAUACCGAGGAGUACAAAAAGGCACUUCAGGAAAAUCGGGAGCUCAUUGAGAUAGUGAUGCUGAAAAAUAAGCAGCUAAGGGAAAUUAUCGAUAAGAUUCGGUUAACCAUCUGGGAGAUAAAUACGAUGCUGAGUAUGAGGCGAUGCUGAAAUGGGGAUAAUUUGCUUCCAUUUUUGAUUUUUAUUAUGCUCUACAAAUCUAAAAUUAAUUGCCUUUGCAUAUUACUAUAGUGUAAUAUGUUAUCAAACCUUCGUCUUCAAAACGUUACAACAGCAGAAUUUAUUGUUUCAUUGCACCAGUUCUUUAUUUCGUUUUGUUUUUACUUAACAGAAAUAAAUAGUCAACGUCCAUGCA